UGAAGCUGCAGAGGCCGACAUGGAGUCCAGGGUGAAGGAGAGAGAGAAGGGGUCGGAGGAGGAGGAGAAAGGAGAGGAGAAGAGAGAGGGCAGGAGGAGCCGCUCCUCCUCUACCUCCUCAGAGGACUACAUCAUCAUCCUCCCUGACUGCUUUGACACCAGCCGGCCCCUGGGGGAGUCCAUGUACAGUUCAGCCUUGUCCCAGCCUGGUGACAUCACAGCUAAGACCCCCACAGACCCAGAAACUCCAUCGCCCGACCAACCGGGCCCCCCCGCCCCAGGGGGGCUAGGGGAGGCAGAUGAGGAUGCAGCGGCCUCAGUGUCGGGGAACAGCAGCGCCAACGACAUGCUCUGCACGUCCCAGACGCUGGACGACGAGCCGCUGACGCCUGAAGUGGUGCCCCCCCCCCUGACCACCGUCACCCCGAGUCUGGAGAGCAGUGGAGAGACAGAUGCUGAGCCAGCUGCUGCUGAGGGAGGAGCGGACGGCUCUGAACUGUACCGAACUGAGGGCG